GGGGCUGGUGAAGUUACUGCAUUGAAAGCAGGUUUAAACUUGUGAUGCAAUUAUUGCUGGUGUUAUAUGGAAUAUUAAUGAGGCUUACGGGAAGUCUGAGCUGUGGGUGCACGGCCCAAAAUAGUUUAUUUUGCAAGAUUUGGGAAGUUAGGUGGGCUGUCUUUCUGAGACUUCCUGUCUAUGAAAGUGCAGGGUGUACUGGAUUGAUGCAGCUUUUGAUGAAUAAUGUCAUACAUUUUUAAGGGAGCUAAACAUGUACUGUAGUCUCCCUCUUCGAAAGGGACUAUUUGAGAUGUCUGGUGAGACAUCCGAAAAGACCUACUCUAAAAAAAGUAGAAAUAUAUAAAUCUCUGGUAUCAAAUCUGCAAAUGCAUCUGACAUCUCUAUAUUGUGUACACUUUUUUUUACCUCAUUUUUUAACCCCUCACAAGGAGUCCUGUUCAGCUGAGUAGAUCUGUGAGGAAUUGCUCUUUCACAUAUUGGACUGUCUGAGUAACUUUCACAGAGCUUUACCCCAGGCACUUGUCAUGCACUGGCCAGGUAUCACCAAAUACUCCACUCAGACUGAAGUCCACAGUCAUUUCCUUGCACAGUUAUCAUGCUGGAGUGAAAACAAGUCUUUGAUCAAGAAAAUCUAAGUGACUCUGGUGUGUUUUCUUUGCAUUUUUGAUUUUGUUUGUUUCUGAUCUUGUCUUUGAGCCCUGUCAGAAGAGUUGAUUCUGACAGCCCUGAUGCUCCUAGUUGUCUUGUUUUAUCUUGUAAUUGUUGGGAUUUUGCAUUAUUUAGUGUUUCUCUGGCUCCCAUUUUUCCAGUAUCAGGUACUGAUACAUCUUUGAUUCUUGGGUACACUUUCUGCAUUUUAAAGAUACAUUUUACAAUACCUACACUUCUCUUAAGCCUUCCACAACUAGAAUAAUUGGGAAAUCCAAAUGGCAUCAUACUGAUGCAUUACCACCCUUCUCCUGGCCCAAUGAAGGCACCAUGAGUUUUCUUCCUGCCUGCUAACCCAGCUGGUUGUAAUUGCUAUAUAGACACAUGCCUGAUUAAGUGUUUGUUAUUCUCUAUUAAUAUUGUAAGUUAUACUAAUUAUUUCCUCGUGAGAUUUUUUUUCUAAAUUGUGCUGAAAAUUAGGUUAAGAAAUUUAAUAUCUCCUUAAAGCACAGAUAUUCAUAAAGUUAAGAAUAAAAUAGGAAAAUUACUGAAAUUCUCAUGAAUUGUGCUUGUGUGAUUGUUUAGAGGGGGCUACAUUCAGAAUAGGGCACCGACCUUCUGAACCUUUCCUGUGGAGGAUCAGAAGAACCACAGGAGAGCCCUGCUACCAAAUUCAUGUCUUAUUAAUCCAGCCCUUGCAGUCUUAAGCAACUGGUGCUGGGACUGUGCAUCAGUCUUGUCAUCUAUAUACAAAUGUAAGCCCCACUGCAAGCAUCACGGAGGGCUUCAGAUGUUAAUCUGUGGGAAGGGCACAGGAAGGAUCCAAAUAAUGCAUCCUUCAAGAAAUUUGGAAGGACUCCAGUUUAGCAUUUUAUACAACACAGGGACGAUUAAUUCCAGAGGCAGCCAUAAGGUUUUAUUUAGGAAGGAGAUCUGGAAGGAUCAUUAUGAUUUUUUUAAAGUUCUUAACUUGAAAUAGCAAUUAAUUGACUCAGCUGUUGUCUUACAGUUGCUAGUAAGCAUUAAAGCAUUCUGGCCAAAUUGCAGUCAGAUAGCUGAGUAACUAACUGCUGGAAGCAUCCAUGCCACAUUCCUGGCUGUACAGGCUGUGUGGGAUGCACACAGCUCUCGGUGUGUGUGAGGAGUCAUGGCAGGACACAGCCAUUCUGUUGCUGAGUGCUGAGCUGAGCAGUGGCAGUCAGCAGAGCAAAGCAGCACUCAAUGGCUUUUAUCUAAACCAAGUGUGUUACAGGCAGCUCCAGUUCACUGACUAAUGAGACAUGAAGAAAAGGGCAGCACAAACGAGUGUUGCUCUGUGGAAGCUAUGCUAAAAUUCACAGCAGCUUUUAGCAGAGCUAUUGUCAGCAAAGUUUUUACUUUUUCUGGGCCUUCUCUAAAACCUUUAAAAAAAUCAGAAUACUUCAGCUAUUUUAUAGCACUUGCUAUUAAAUUUCAGGAAAUGUGCACUUAGCAUGUGCUGUACCACCUGUAGAGUGUAUGGGCUUUGCUGUUGUAAAAGCUUGGGUUUCUGGUUGUGGCUUUAUGAAAUGACAGUGCUGAGAAUGCGGCAUAAAGUGACCAUCCUCUCUGUCAGAUAAAGUGCUUACCUUGAAUCUCCUCCUGCUUCCUGAGCCCCAUGAGUAGGGAAUACACAAAACUCGAAGUGAGGAUUUGGUUCCACAGCCCUGCCUCACCUCUGUGUGCAGGAGUGUGGCUGUUUAUCAAAGUCUGUGGGUGGUGUCAAAGCAGUAACAACCUCAUUGGUGCCUUCGAUAUUUUGCAAUUUGCAGGUCUGAUUUUUUUUUUUUUUUUUGCUAGUGUAGAGACAGUGUAAGGAGAGCAUGCUUUCUUUUCCAGUAGUCAUUACAAGGUGACGUGUACCAAGGUAAGCAGGAUAAAUUGUUGAACAAAGUGCAUCUGCAAUUGAAUGCUGCUGAUUUUCACCUAAGACCAGGCUGGAGAGAGCACGCUUGCAGAAGUCUUGAUCUCUUGGGGUUCUGAAGGCUGGAAAAAUCACAGAUCCCAAAAUUUUCACCAUGAAGAGCUCCAGAAAUGUCUUCUGUCUUCUCUUCUUUCAUGCUGCUCUCGGCCUGGAACGUAUCCGGUGGUGCACUGUCUCUGAGCAAGAACUUUCCAAGUGUAAUGACAUGAGUAAGGCCUUUGGUGAGGCUGGAAUCCUUCCCACUCUGCAGUGCACAGCAGGGGGGUCAGCUGCCAACUGCACCCAGAUGAUCAAGGAUGAUUUGGCAGAUGCAGUGACACUGGACGGCCGCUCGAUUUACCAGGCUGGAAAGGAGAAUGGUCUGAAACCAGUGGUUGGGGAAGUAUAUGACCAAGAGAUUGGAACUUCCUAUUAUGCUGUGGCUGUGGUAAAGAAGAGCUCCAACAUAACCAUCAACAGCCUGAAGGGUGUGCGUUCCUGUCACACAGGGAUCAACAGAACUGCAGGCUGGGAUGUGCCAGUGGGUUAUCUGACUGACAGUGGGCGCCUGGCAGCAAUGGGAUGUGACCUUCCAAAAGCUGUAAGUGAAUAUUUCAAUGCAAGCUGUGUUCCUGGAGCAAAUGGUGUGAACUAUCCCAAAUCCCUUUGUGAGCUCUGCAUAGGGAAUUCGGCUGGAGAGCACAAAUGUGAACGAAAUUCCCAAGAGCAAUACUAUGACUACAGUGGGGCUUUCAGGUGUUUGGCUGAAGGUCCUGGAGAGGUUGCUUUUGUGAAGCACAGCACAGUGCCUGAAAAUACAGAUGGAAGAAGUUCUUUCUUGUGGGCCCAGCGGCUUCGCUCCCGGAACUUCCAGCUCCUGUGUCGCGAUGGCAGCAGAGCUGAAGUGUCAGAGUGGAGAACCUGCCACCUGGCCCGAGUCCCAGCUCGCGCCGUGGUUGUGCGGCCUGACACAGAUGGAACAGUUGUCUUCCAGCUCCUAAACCAGGGACAACAAAGAUUUAAUGGGGUGGGUGCCAAGUUUCAGAUGUUUGACUCUGCAGCCUACGGUGCCCAAAAUCUUCUGUUCCGAGACUCCACGACAGAGCUCGUUGCAAUCACAGCUCAGAAUUAUCAAGCAUGGCUGGGUGAUGAGUAUCUUCAUGCCAUGCAAGCUCUGAGCUGCGACCCCAACACCUUGCCAGAAAACCUGAAUUGGUGUGUUGUAUCCACUGAAGAGAUUUGGAAAUGUGGUGAAAUGGCCGUUGCCUUUAGGAAAAAGAAUUUGAAACCAGAAAUUCAGUGCAUUUCAGCCAAGACAAAGGAAGAGUGCAUGGAUAUGAUCCAGAAAAAGGAAAGUGAUGCUGUAGUUCUGGGUGGAGCUGAUAUUUACACAGCUGGGAAGACAUAUGGCCUUGUACCAGCUGCUGGAGAAAGUUACUCUGCUAAUGACAGCAGCAAUGCAUACUAUGCUGUGGUGUUAGUGAAACGAAAUCUGUCCAAUGCAUUCACUAUCAGUGACCUGAAAGGGAAGAAGUCCUGCCACACAGGAUUGGGGAGAAAUGCUGGAUGGAAUAUUCCCAUUGGCAUACUAAUUAAGAGGGGGAUUAUUAAGCCCAGAGGCUGUGAUAUUCCUCAAGCUGUGAGUGAGUUUUUCUCUGCCAGCUGUGUGCCUUCAGCUGAGCAGGACAAUUACCCAUCAAAACUCUGUCAACUCUGUAUUGGGGAUGAGAGUGGAAACAAUAAAUGCAGUGCAAGUAGCAAAGAACGUUAUUACAGCUACAGUGGAGCCUUCAGGUGCCUGGCAGAGGACUCUGGGGAUGUGGCCUUUGUGAAGCACUCGACAGUGUUUGAGAACACAGAUGGUAAUAACACUGAUAGUUGGGCCCAAAACUUGAAGUCCAGUGAUUUCCAGUUACUGUGUCCAAAUGGUGCCCGUGCUGAAGUCACCCAGUUUGCUCACUGUCACCUGGCUCAGGUGCCAGCUCAAGCCAUUAUGGUUCACCCAGAUAUCAACGUUUUUGCUCUGUAUGGACUACUGGACAAAGCCCAGGUCUACUUUGGAAAUAGCAGCAAUGGAAAUGGAUUCAAAAUGUUUGAUUCUUCAACUUUUCAAGGAAAAAACUUGAUCUUUAAGGAUUCAGCUGUUGAGAUCGUGCCAUUACAAGAGAAGAGAACAUACACAGAAUGGCUGGGGAGUGAAUAUGUUGAGUCCCUCGAAGGGAUGCAAAUACCACAGUGCUCUGGGGCAGGCAGUAAGAUAACACAGUACUCCUUCGUGGCUGCAGUCAUUCCCCUUCUUGUUUUGUGUCAGAUACAAGGCUUGGACUAGGACGGUUCAAAUGGCAACUUCCAGGCCACCUCUGCCCGACCACCUUCUCUUCAGAAAAGCUGUUUGGAUAAUGUGCUGUGCUAACAUUUGAAUGCCUCUUCCUGCCUCUUGCAGGGCAAGUGCCAACAGCACCUGCUCAUCAGGAGAGUGGGAUGGGGCUGGAAGCUGCCCCGUCUGUGUGGAUGGGGUGGAAUUUGUGGCAGAAGCCAGCAAUACAGUAUCAACAUGGUUUACAAGAUCAGUCCAAACCUGGAGCAUCUCUGCCAUCGUUGCUGAUGUUGAACCAUUCAGGAUUUCCAAGUAUUGUUAGAUGGAUACUGGGUUUCUGACCUGUAGAAGAAUUUCUGCAUGUUGGGAGGCAGUAUAAAAACCUUGUCUAGUGAAUCCUCUCUGGCCUCCUGGCUGGUUAAGUUCAGACUCCACAUCCCUGCUUAACCCAUCCUACCCAGUUCCUCCCAAGCUCUGCUGCCAUAGAGGUAAGUGCACAGAGGAUGGACAGGCUGUGGGCAGAAACCAGUCUAGAAUACAGCUGAACAGCUGUGGAAAAAGUCUUCCACCCUUCAGUAGAAGGAGAUAGGGGAAAUUUCCAAAGACACUGGACAAAAAAGAAGCCCAGAGAGACUUGGAGGGGACUACCUGUUGACAGAGAAAAGGACAAAGCCAUAUGUGAGCAUCCACUGAGCUUGUUGACUUUACCACACCGGGUACUCACAAGAUGUCCUGUGAUCCUUAAUCUGAUGCAGUCUCCAUCAAGAACCUUGUGGCUCUCCUCCUUCCACACAGGGCUAUCCUGAGUGCCCGUGCAUGAAACUUGUAUUUGCUUUAGGUGAAACAAAAGUACUUCACUUCUGAGUAACCAUUUCUGUUUCUACUGGCUGUAGAAUGUGGAUUUUAUUUUUAUCCAUAGCUGCACUAACCAUGAAUGUUGCUGUGCUGCUGGCAGGCACUGUCUUCCUACCUGCCUCAUGAUCCUGGGAUGAACAGACAGUCAGUGUAAAAACAGAUAAUAAUCAUGUCAAUAAGUGAAAAUAACAAAUAAAUAUGAGAAGUAAUUACACUUUAACCA